UCUCAAAGCAAAGCCCAAACCAAACGAAGACUUAAUUUUUCUCUUUGAAUUCUUUGUUUUCCGGGAAAAUGUCCGCGGGCCUUGGAAAAUGCAGCAAAAUCCGUCACAUUGUGAGGCUUCGGCAGAUGCUGCGGCGGUGGAGGAACAAGGCUCUCCUGUCGGCCAGCCGCAUCCCAUCCGAUGUGCCGGCCGGACACGUGGCGGUCUGCGUGGGGACGAGUUGCAAGAGAUUCGUGGUGCGAGCGACGUACCUGAACCAUCCCCUCUUUAAGAAGCUUCUCAUCCAAGCCGAGGAAGAGUACGGCUUCACUAAUCAAGGCCCAUUGGCAAUCCCCUGCGACGAGUCCGUCUUCGAAGAAGUGAUUCGGUUUAUUUCCCGGUCGGAGUCGGGUCACUCCGGUACGUUCGUGAACAUCGAGGACUUUAAAGGGAACUGUAACAUGGGAAUCAGGGGUAAGCUUGAUUUGUGGACCGAAUCUCGACCGUUACUUCAUGGCUUCACUGAGAAAACGGUCUGGUAACUAAAGAAACAGUGGAAAGAAAAAGGAUAGACUUUGAUUCUUACCCGGGGUUUUUGACUCAGUUCCGAGUUUGCUCGAGUGAACAAUUAAUUAGACGCUCUAAAACAGUGAGUUGGCCGAGUGGAGGAAGAGGUGGUUGCUAAUUCUUUGGUUUUUACUUACCAUAAUAUCAAGGUAAGUUGGUGGGGUUUUUUUUUCUUUUCCUCUUUCAAAAAAUGGUCUGUAAUUGGUUAAAAUUGGGGUGUAAAGUAAGCUCCGGAGAAUUCAUGGAGAUGGCAGAAAAGGUGGUGAGUUACCCGCCGAGUCGUCCCGGGUUCGAAUCUGAAUGGAGUCAAUAAAAGGUCGAGACUUUGAGACAGUUAAAUUCACGAAGAAGAAGAACAAAAGAAAAAGAGAAAAAAAAAAAAUGAAGUGAUUGUUAUAUAAAAAUCACUGCAGUAAAUUCUGUGAUUUAUUGGCUAAUGAAGGAAAAAUUGUAGAGAUAUAAUAGUUCCAUAUGGCUUUCACUUGUUUGUUGUUUUUGAAAUUUGUAAAUUUUAAUAAUUGAGUAGAGAAUUACAUUUCAUAGUGUAGUGUUUCUUUCAAUCAUGGUGGGCGUUGCGGGAGUUAUAAUGGCACCAACCCACGUGAAAGAAAGUGUCCCUCCCCAUGAUUCCCCAUUGCCUAUGUUUCACCUGCUUGGAUCAACUCUUACGUCUUUUCAAGGGAAAAUGUAAACAUUUGACAUUGUAAAUCAAAAUAAACAAUUUUCCAACUACAAUUAAAAAGUUAUAUUUUAAGUCAUAGAUAUUUUAAUAUCAAACCAGCAGUAUUGUCGAGCAGUAUUUGACAAUCUAGUUCAUUUUUAAAAUUUUUUAAGCCAGUAAGUUUGAUUAAUAUUCUUGUAGGUUCAUAAUUCUGUUGGUAGCUAGCCAACAGCUUCAAAGUUUACUGAUCAGCCAAUAAUGGCCAAGCCAA